AUGAGGUCGCCGUUGCCAACGCCUUGGACUGUGAGGCAAUCGACCGUGAGUACGCCGAAAAGAAGGCGGCGUAUGAGAAGCUGGUGGCGGAGGCCGAGGAGAAGGAACGGGGAGGAUCCGCCGGAUCCUCCAGAUGGACUCGUGCUGGACGCGGACGAGGACGAGAAGGAGUCUGACAGGGCUAAGGCCAAGUUCGUCGAGCAGAAGCAGGCGGAGCAGCAGGUGCUGAAGGAGCUGACCGAGGCGCUCAAGGAGGCCCGUGGCGUCGUCCAGAAGAUUUCGGCCGACCGCGGGGAGGAGCCUACGCAGACGGCGCUGCGGUGGCACUGCAGGCCCUACGUAGAGCAGCGUGGCAGCAUCUUCAUCAAGCACCAGAUGGCGAAGGUCACGCCCUCGCAGUCCCUCGACCUUGCGCAGAGAGGGCUGGCGCAGACGUCCAGGUUCGAGAUGGCCGGCCCACUCUUCAUGGACACGCCGCUCUUCGCCGGAAGGCCCGACGCCUACAGGUACCCGACAGAAUUCCGGAGGCGGCUCUAUUACCCGAGGGGCACCGCCGAGCAGGAGCAGCUGCUCGAGCGACCCGUGGACUUCAUCUACCAGCCCUCGCCCAGCCGCGUGGCGGUGCACCCGGCGGUCGCCAUCUCUGGGCCACCGCUGGCGGGUAAGACCUUCCUCGCCAGGGCACUGGCAGAACGCACCGGCGCGGUUUACGUGUCGGUGCCAGAGGUAUUGGAGCGCCUCUGCAGCCAGUCCGCGAUGCCGUGCGGAUUGUCCCGCAGCAUUACCGAGGCCCUACGCGCUGGCGGGGACGUUCCCGAUCGGCUGCUUACGGAGGCGGUGCGGCAUCGGCUGUGCGCCGCGGACGGAGAAGUGGUGGAGCGCUCCUGA